CUUAAGUGGCUAAGUGUAUCGAAAGCAGCAAAUGAGAAAUUAAUGGCACCACCAGGCAGAUUCCAGAAAGAACUGUCAUACAGCAAUCAAGAGUGGAAGGAAUGAAUGUUUGCAAAACAAGUAACCAUUGCAUCGCACAACCCGGGGUGACAACAAGUGAGGAGCGCCGUCGGAACGAAUAGAAGUCUUCAAUCGUUCUGUCCAUCGAUCAACAACCACAGCGCUGUACUGUCCUGUGCCGUACGUUGGUGUGCCAUUACACCGAACCGAAGCAGGUUUCUUUUCGCGGCUGUCAGUGAAACGGACUAGACGGACCUGGCAACGAAACGAACGGUGGCGACGGCAGCGAGGACUACGACGAGCGAUUCGAACCCGCCGGAAGCCGCCGAAACCAUGUCCAACAAGCUGAACAACCCGAAGCGCCGUGAGGUGGCCGGGUCGUCCUCAUCGAACUCCUCCAUUUCAUCGGUGGGCGCUGGCGACAGUGGCAUAUCGGCUGAUCUCGCUUCACUCUUCGAGUGUCCGGUGUGUUUCGACUAUGUGCUGCCUCCGAUACUGCAGUGUCAGAGCGGGCAUCUCGUCUGCACUAGCUGCCGCUCGAAAUUGACCUGCUGCCCGACGUGUCGCGGAUCACUCGGCAACAUCCGUAACCUGGCGAUGGAGAAGGUGGCUUCGAAUGUGAAAUUUCCCUGCAAACACUCGAACCAUGGCUGCACCAUCUCGCUCGUCUACACGGAGAAAGCGGAACACGAGGAAGCCUGCGAGUUCCGGCCGUAUCUGUGCCCGUGUCCCGGGGCGUCCUGCAAGUGGCAGGGUUCACUCGACUACGUCAUGCCCCACCUGAUGAUGUCGCACAAGAGUAUCACCACGCUCCAGGGGGAGGAUAUCGUCUUUCUGGCUACCGACAUCAAUUUGCCAGGCGCGGUCGAUUGGGUGAUGAUGCAGUCCUGCUUUGGCCACCACUUUAUGCUGGUGCUGGAGAAACAGGAAAAGUACGAUGGCCAUCAGCAAUUUUACGCGAUCGUGCAGCUUAUCGGCUCGCGCAAGGAGGCGGAGAACUUUGCCUACCGGUUGGAGCUGAACGGCAACCGGAGGCGGCUCACGUGGGAAGCGAUGCCACGAUCAAUUCACGAGGGCGUCGCAAGCGCCAUCCUCAACUCUGACUGCCUCGUAUUCGACACGUCGAUCGCGCAACUGUUUGCCGACAAUGGCAAUCUGGGGAUAAAUGUAACUAUUUCCGUUGUUUAAGCACCAUCACCCUGGAAGUAAGCGAAACGAGUGACGCUAAAUUUGGGAAAGAGAGGGACAAAGACCAUGGGCGCUUUCGCUUGUUAGGCGUUUGUUGUUACUGUAACAAUACGUAUGUUCUGUUUUAUAUUUUUCGUAUAAAUCAUGAAGCCCUAACAGUAAAAAGAGCCAGAGAACGGAGAGAUUUUUCCAUGUCCUCAACGAAAAAAGGUUCUUGUUUGCAAUCGCGCUGAUAAGAUGAAUCUCAUCUCUAUCAACCAACACUCUAACCCAACGUUUUUGAGGAACAACAAACAAAUAUUGAUUGACGUGAAUUCACCGCGAUAGUUGGUGAUCGAUCCGUGGUGAAGAGCGGGACAAACAUUUAAUUAUGUAUGAUACUAUAAAACCAUACCCACGCUGCGUGCUAACGCACCCUGGACGAAAGGUACGUGCUGCCCGAGCCCGCGAAUGAAUGUGAUAUUGUGUGUGGUUUGUGCGUGUUUGUAUCACUUGCAGAUAAGGUGACUAAUAAGUUCAUCGCGAAGAGACAAGUUGUAAAUUAAAAAUUAAAGCGUAACGGAGGGAACAUUGGACAACAAACUAAGGGAAACGAAAUUAAGGUAGUACAGAGAAAGAGAGCGAGUGAGAAUGACAAAACAAUGACUGUUUGUAUAAGUUGCUCCACCGCCCUCUUAUCGAUGAAAACUGAUUACUUACAGUUAAUAUAAAUAGGUUAAUUCCCAUAAACACGGCCGGAUCCAGCAAAACAGAAUGGCUACACUGUGUGCAGCAACAGUUUUGCACGAUACCGCCGCACAUACGAGUGCAAGAAGCUGCACUGUAGGAUCUUGAGAAAUGAUCAGCAGAUGAUCUGCACAAGCAUAUUACGCGUGUGAGUGUGUGUGUUUACAACAAAAAAUCCAGUUCUCUUUUGUUUUUGCUAAAGUACCUACUCAAAUGUACACAAACGCAAAGGCGAUGCGUGUGAGAUGAUAAGAUAACUUGGGGCGGAAGUUUAGUUGUUGGCAGGCCGGCGGAACUGGAGCUAAUGCGGAAGGCAUACAUCGAUCCAAGAAACACCAUGUACCCCUUUCUUCCGUUCCUAGAUCCAAACGCCUGACCAACGAACAGGGAACUAUACUGCCAAGAUAUGUUGCUGUUUGUUUCUAACAUUAUGAAAUCUGAAAGAUGACGAAUAAACGUAAUAGUAUAAGUUCAUCAAUCGCUGGCGUGGUCACCAGUAGUCAGUUUGAGUGGUAUUGACUUUCCCUUUUUUAAAGAAAGGAUUCAUUUAACUUGAACCAUUUAACAGAGUUGAUCGCUUUACUUUGUCCGCUAGAAUAAUUUAACCAUCCGUCACGUGUUGCACAUUUUGUUGGCCGGAGGAGUAAAAUAAAAUAAUAAAAUGAAACUAAAAAAACGUAAAGCAUGUGGCACAAGCAAAAUUUGACAAAGCAAAUAAUUAAUUCAUAAACUGAUUGCAAAAAUAAA